AUGGAUAACCAAAGGUUUAUUGACUGGUUUCAUAACCGGGUUGGUGGUCAAUUAACUAUGAAUUUGAAUGGAGUGACAAACAUUGUUAAGUGGCUAGCUCAUGGACCACGUAAGGGAGUUUUGAAAUAUAACGGUUAUGCCAUAGAUGGGUACCGUUACCACACUAAGGCAUGUGACAAUGAACGUGCUAUCCAAAAUAGUGGGGUUUGCUUGGUGGCAAGUACUAUGCAAAUUUCAAGUGCAAAGGAUAAAAAUCUAGUUGUUUCAAACAUGAUAUUCUAUGGGGUUAUCGAAGAGAUAUGGGAGCUUAAUUAUAAUCAAUUUCAAGUUCCUUUGUUUAAGUGUGCAUGGGUAGAGAAUGAGAAAGGUGUCAAAUAUGCCGAGGAUAGUGGGUUGACUAUGGUGAACCUUAAUCGGAGAGGUUAUCGAAAGGAUGAAUUUGUUAUGGCCACUCAAGUGAGGCAAGUAUUUUACGUUGAUGACCCUGAAACUGAUGGUUGGUUAAUUGUACUUCCAAUGCCGAAUAGAGUUUAUAUUCAUGGUGAUGAGUUAGAGGAUGCCGUACUUGAGCACCAAUCUUUUACUAAUGGACUGCCAGCAGUAGAAGAAUUUAAAUAUGAUAUUGGUGAGGGUGAGGCAAAGUAUAUGCGAACAGAUUGCGAGGAGAUACGGACAGUAUUGAAUUGCCACCCGAAAGCAAAACGGGGAUAUUGCAAUCAGCUUGUAACAAGUGGAGGCAUUUCAAGUCUAACUUAA